CCCGUUGCAGUCAAUGGGACUUACUUCCGAGUCGACGUACAGUCAAACGCGCGCUUUCCUAGAAGGACGGGGAACCUCCCCGCCCCGGCCGGGACUAGCUAAGAUGAUCCCUGCGGCAGCGGGAGGGUCCGGCUGGUGGCCCGCCGCGUCCGCGAUCGCCCCCGUUGCAGCCGCCUCCCUCUGCAGCAAGGCCCGGAUCUCUGCGCCUUCCCGACGGAGGCGGAGCGGCUGCCCCGGGACCUCCCCGCUCCCUUCCCUCCGGCCUGCCCCAUCCAGUCCAGUCCCGCCCCGUGCAGGAGGCGUGGGGAGGAGGGAGGAGAGGAACCGAGUGGAGCGCAGGCCGGCGGCGGCUGCAGUGGAGCCGCGCUAGACGUGGCUGGAGGAGCCGCUGGCCGGAGCGCAGUCGGAGACCCGGCGGAGCGCGCAGGGCAGCGGCCAGGAUGGCGGCGGACGGCGGCCUGGAGCAGCGGGCGCUGCAGUACGAGCAGACCCUGAUGUAUGGCCGAUACACGCAGGACCUGGGAGCCUUUGCCAAGGACGAAGCGGCUCGUAUCCGGCUGCAGCAGGAGCGCUGGAAGCCGUCUGCCAAGGAGCGCCUCCGCCCGUCGGAGCUGCUCGAAUACGACCAGAGUCGCUGUGCCCGUUGCCGCAUCUGCACUGUGCGCUGCCAGAAGUUCCUCAUCUCCAAGGUGGGUGAGGACUGGAUCUUCCUCAUCCUGUUAGGCCUGGUUAUGGCUUUGGUCAGCUGGGCCAUGGACUUUGCCAUAGCCACCUGCCUGCAAGCCCAGAAGUGGAUGUAUGGGGGGCUGGACACCAACAUCUUCCUGCAGUACAUGGCCUGGGUCACCUACCCGGUGGUGCUCAUCACGUUCUCAGCUGGCUUCACCCAGAUCUUGGCUCCGCAGGCUGUGGGCUCUGGCAUCCCUGAAAUGAAGACCAUCCUACGGGGCGUGGUGCUGAAGGAAUACCUCACCCUCAAGACUUUUGUGGCCAAAGUAAUUGGCCUGACCUGUGCACUGGGCAGUGGGAUGCCCUUGGGGAAAGAGGGACCGUUUGUUCACAUUGCCAGCAUGUGUGCUGCCAUCCUCAGCAAGUUCCUGUCGCUCUUCGGUGGCAUCUAUGAGAAUGAAUCCCGCAACAUUGAGAUGCUGGCCGCUGCGUGUGCUGUGGGCGUCGGCUGCUGCUUUGCUGCUCCCAUUGGAGGUGUCCUCUUCAGCAUUGAAGUCACCUCGACCUUCUUUGCGGUCCGCAACUAUUGGCGAGGUUUCUUUGCGGCCACCUUCAGCGCCUUCAUCUUCCGGGUUCUCGCCGUGUGGAACAAGGACGAAGAAACAAUCACUGCCCUUUUCAAAACUCGCUUCCGAUUGGACUUUCCCUUCGACCUUCAGGAGCUGCCAGCCUUUGCUGUCAUUGGGAUUGCCAGUGGCUUUGGCGGGGCGCUCUUUGUCUACUUCAACCGCAGGAUCGUGCAGUUCAUGCGCAAGCAAAAGGCCAUUAACCGCUUCCUCAUGAAAAAGCGCUUGCUUUUUCCUGCCCUCGUCACCCUCCUCAUAGCAACGCUGACCUUCCCACCUGGAUUUGGGCAGUUCAUGGCUGGCCAGCUCACCCAGAAAGAGACCCUGGUAACCCUCUUUGAUAACCGGACAUGGGCUAAGCAGGGCAUGGCCGAAGAGUUUGAAUAUGUCGGUGUCUCCGAAGCCUGGAAGCACCCGCGCUCCAAUGUCUUUGUCACCUUGGUGGUCUUCAUCCUCAUGAAGUUCUGGAUGUCCGCCUUGGCCACCACCAUCCCAGUGCCCUGUGGAGCCUUCAUGCCCGUCUUUGUCAUUGGUGCUGCGUUUGGGCGGCUGGUGGGCGAGAGCAUGGCUGCUUGGUUCCCAGACGGCAUCCACACUGACAGCAACACCUACCGCAUUGUGCCGGGGGGCUACGCAGUGGUGGGUGCAGCUGCGUUGUCUGGUGCCGUCACCCACACCGUCUCCACGGCAGUCAUUGUCUUCGAGCUGACCGGCCAGAUCUCCCACAUCCUGCCAGUCAUGAUUGCCGUGAUCCUGGCCAACGCCGUGGCCCAGAGCCUGCAGCCCUCCCUCUACGACAGCAUCAUCCGGAUCAAGAAGCUGCCCUACUUGCCGGAGCUUGGCUGGGGGCAUCAGGAGAAGUACAAUGUGCGUGUGGAGGACAUCAUGGUGCGGGAUGUGAGCUACAUCACCCUGAACUGCAGGUACCGGGACCUUCAGAAUGUGCUGCACAGCACCAAGAUGAAGAGCCUGGCCCUGGUGGAAUCGGCCGAGUCUAUGAUCCUGCUGGGAUCCAUCGAACGGGCACAGAUUGUGACCCUCCUGAAUGGGCAGCUGAGCUACUUAUGUCGCCUGCAGUAUAUGCGGGAGAAGGCCCAGGUGGAACGCAGAGCAGCCGAAAAGAGCCAAGAUGACGAGGAAGAGCAGCCAGCCUCUGAAACAGGAGUGCGUUUCCAGAUCAUCACAGAGGAAUCCUCGGCUGUCCCGCCGCGAAGCGAGUCCCGCAAACCCCUGAAGCCAGCUUUAAAGCGAGCCUCCAGCACUUUAUCGGAGAGCCCUUCAUCUGGAAACGUGGACCCCCCAGGCAUUGCCUUGAGGAGCCUCUUUUGUGCGAACUCCACAACAGCAGAGCCGGCUGAGGAUGAGAAUUCGGGCCAGUCUGAAAAGCGGAAGUCGAAGCGCGUCCGCAUUUCCGUGGUGGACGAGUACGAGGCAAUUGGUGAGAUGACCCCUGCUGAGAUCCUGGAAUGGGAAGAGCAACAGCUUGAUCAGUCUGUCAACUUCAACAACAGCAAGAUUGACCCAGCCCCCUUCCAGUUGGUGGAACGGACGUCUCUGCACAAGACACACACCAUUUUCUCACUCCUGGGAGUGGACCACGCCUAUGUCACUAGCAUUGGGCGCCUAAUUGGCAUGGUGUCCCUUAAGGAGCUGCGGAAAGCCAUUGAGGGCUCCGUCACUGCCAAGGGCGUGAAGGUCCGGCCCCCGCUCGCCAGCUUCCGGGACAGCACGACAAGCAGUAGCGAGACAGAGGCCACCGAGAUCCACCAGCUCUGGGACCGGCGUCACCGGCACUCCAUCCCCCGCGCGUCUAGCCCUUCCGAGAGUGAUGACAAAUGCUUGUGAUGCCGGAGAGAGCGAGCGUCUGCGUGCCCUGCGGACAGGUCGGCGUUGCCACUGCGUGGCUGUUGCGCCUGCCUCUGUCGUCAGAGGGGACCAUGCGCCGCCUUCGAGCGCAGUGACUAGUGACCGCACCCAGCGACUCACAAUAGGCCGUCCGCCUCGAGGACAGAGUGACCCCAAGGCUCACGGGGCAGGCGUUGAGACUUCUCCCCAUUCUGGAGCCACCACAGACUUCUCUUCUGGAGGAGAGGAGACGCCUUCUGGUCAAGGGCGAGAAGAAAGUUUGAACUUCUCACCAGCCUCGAGCCCCAGUGGGGCAUCUGCUUCCUGGAAUUAUGGAAAUCCUCCACUUGAUGCUGAAGAUGCACCCUUCUCAAUCCUGGGGACCUGUUGGGGUGUGUUAGCCACAUGGCCCGUGGUCCCCUUUCACCAUGCCCUCCAGCUGCCACCCUGGCCUCCCUCCAUUUUGUGAUGGGAGCCAAUUAGGUGAGGGGAACCCGUCACAAGGUCUGGGAGAGGGAGAUGAUGAAAUGGGGUAAAAAAGGUGAGUUGAUUUUUAAAAAAGAAAAUCCUUCUGGUCACCUCCUCUCCCUGUGCAGAUCACCCCAUAAGCUGAGAGGAGCGUGCCACUCCUUCCUUGGCAGGCUUGGGCCCUGUUGGCCAGUUGUGUGGGGUGGGCCCCAGCCUGGCUUGGUCUCUUUCCCCCUCGCUCCAGCACCUCAGUCACGGUCAUGCCUGCCAGCCCUCCUUGCCCCACUUGCAUUCCGUCCGUGCAUCUCGGCCCUCUGGUUUAGGGAGGGCCUGCUACUAUGACAGGGUCUUGCUCUUAUUAAUGAUAUGUUUGAACUUUGGAUGGAAUCAGGUGGAUCUCUGAGCUACUGAUCCCCAGAACCCUCUUCUUCCCUCUCUGUGGAGCCCACCCUCUUCCUGAGUCCAGGGGUGAGGAGAAUGGCGCUGGAAUCUGAGAUGUAAAUACAGAGGUUUUUUUAUAUUAAUUUAAUAAAAAAAUGAAUUACAACUAGAGCGCUAAAAUAAACCAAA